AGCGACAUACUUACUGAAAACAACACUCACAUACUUACUGAAAACAACAUUUACAUACUUACUGAAAACAACACUUACAUACUUACUGAAAACAACACUUACAUACUUACUGAAAACAACACUUACAUACUUACUGAAAACAACACUUACAUACUUACUGAAAACAACACUUACAUACUUACUGAAAACAACACUUACAUACUUACUGAAAACAACACUCACAUACUUACUCUGAAAACAACACUUACAUACUUACUGAAAACAACAUUCACAUACUUACUGAAAACAACACUUACAUACUUACUCUGA